AUGAUCUCGACGACGACGACAAAAACGAGAGCAUCGAGACCGAGAACCUUUUCCUCGUUUCCUUUCUUCUUCUUCUCUUCCUUCUUCUUCUUCUUCUUCUUCAUCUUCUCUCUCGUAAAAGUGGGAGCGUUUAAAGCGCAAGAUUUCAAGACGUACGAAACGUCGUCGUUUUGUAAUCGACACCGGGACGCCGCGCCGAAAGCGUAUUCUAUCGGGAAGUUGAUCGUACCAUCAUCGUCAUCAUCAUCAUCAGCGUCGUCGUCGUCGUCGUCGUCGCAAGAGCGCAGUAAUAGAAAGGAAGAAGAAGACGAAGAUGAAGCGUCGUUCGAUGUGCUCUUAGAUGAUAUGAAAACAUCGGUGGAGAUGAAACUGAAUGCGUACGCGAACGGUGCCGUGCGACUCCGGUUCGACGAUAUCUUACACCCGAGGUACGUGCCGAAAGAUGUCUUGGUACCAGAGGAAACCGUGAAGGCGUUGCAGACGAAAUGGGUGGUAGAGAGGAACAUGGAAAAGAACGCGGAGAGCGGGAAGACAGAAACGGUGUUGAAAAUGGUUGCCAGCGGGAUGAACGUUCGCGUUCGCGUAGAGCACGAAACGCCGCUGGCUGUGGUCGUAGAACGAGACGGUGUUGAAGUUAUGGCGUUCAAUCGAGAAGAGACGUUCGCGUUUGAGACGGUAGAUGAUGUGAGUGGUCUCGCUCGAGAAGGAGACAACACGGUAGAAACGUUCAACUCGCACACGGAUUCGAGACCGUACGGAAACACGGCGAUUUCGUUCGACGUGUCGUUCCCGAACGCGACGGACAUGUACGGUUUACCGGAACGCGCGACGAGUUUGAGCUUGAAAUCUACGAUUAAACGACCGUCGUCGCAAGAAGAGGUGGAUCAGAAACUACAUCACGAAUCAGAACCGUACAGAUUAUACAAUUUAGACGUUUUCGAAUACGAAUCGGAAUCCCCUUUUGGAUUGUACGGAUCCAUCCCGAUGUUGCUCGCGCACGGGAGUAAAAAUGUAAAUGGAGCCGGGAAUGACGACGGUAAGGCGAGGGAGACGAUAUCGUCUGGCAUGUAUUUCCACAAUCCGACAGAAACGUACGUGGAUAUCGUGAAAGAGGAAAGUUCGUUAGACGAGCGCACGUCGCAUUGGAUGGCAGAAUCCGGUGCGCUCGAUUUGUUUUUGUUUCCAGGAAUGGAUUUUGCGAGCAUUCAUAAAAUGUACGGCGAUUUUCUAGGCACGACUGCGUUGCCGCCGCUAUUUUCUCUCGGAUACCACCAGUGUCGCUGGAACUAUCGCGACGAGCAAGAUGUGGAGGAAGUGGACGCUGGAUUUGAUGAGCACGACAUUCCAUACGACGUCAUUUGGCUCGACAUUGAACACACGGACGGGAAAAGGUACAUGACGUGGGACAGCACAAAAUUCCCAACGCCGGAACGCAUGAUUAACGAUAUCGCAGAAAAGGGGCGCAAAAUGGUUGUCAUCAUAGAUCCUCACGUAAAGAAAGAUGACAAGUAUCCAAUAUUCAAAGAGGCCGAGUCGAAACAGUAUUACGUGAAAAAGAACGACAAAACGACAGAUUUCGACGGCUGGUGUUGGCCAGGCUCUUCCAUGUAUUUAGACGUCACAAACCCGGACGUUCGUUCGUGGUGGGCGUCUAAAUUUGCCUUGGACUCGUAUAAAGGCUCGACGCCUGAUUUAUACGUGUGGAACGAUAUGAACGAACCGUCCGUGUUCAACGGGCCAGAAAUUACAAUGCAAAAAGAUUUGAUCCAUCACGGCGAGGUCGAACACAGAGAAGUGCACAAUGUUUUCGGCAUGUAUUAUCAUAUGGCAACGGCAGAAGGUAUCGAAAAGAGGCAAAAUGAACGACCAUUUGUUUUAUCGCGCGCUUUUUUCGCGGGGACGCAAAGAAUAGGUCCGAUUUGGACUGGCGACAACGCCGCAGAUUGGGAACAUCUCAGAGUCUCCGUUCCGAUGGUCUUGACGCUUGGACUUACCGGGUUACCAUUCUCGGGCGCAGACAUUGGUGGUUUUUUCGGCAAUCCUGAUUCUGAAUUGCUCGUUAGAUGGUAUCAACUCGGUGCUUUCUAUCCUUUCAUGCGUGGACACGCGCACAUUGACACGAAACGUCGCGAGCCGUGGCUUUUUGGUGACGAAAAUACAAACUUAAUUCGCGAGGCCAUUCGAAACCGGUACCGAUUGUUGCCUACGUUUUACGCGCUCUUCGAUGAAAACAGUCGAUUAGGCACUCCAAUCGUGCGGCCGUUGUUUUAUGCAUUCCCAGACGACCCGAGAGUCCUUCGCAAAGAUGAUUGCUUCAUGCUCGGCGACGCGCUGCUCGUAUACCCAGUCAUGGAAGCCGGCGCUUCCCAAAUUGAAAUAUAUUUACCAAAAGGCGUUUGGUACGACGUCGAUACGAACGAAAAGCACUUUGGUCCAAAAGAGUUCAUGAAGAAAGUCACCAUGCGCGACAUUCCGCAGUUUCAAAGAGGUGGUAGUAUUCUAAUCACAAAGGAACGCGCGCGUCGUUCUACGAAGGCUCAACGAAACGAUCCAAUCACUAUUUCCAUCGCCCCGGACGAGAAAGGCGAAGCGCGAGGUGCGUAUUACAACGACGACGGCAUAUCGUUCGCGCACGCGUCACCGAGUGGACGCAACAGGAAGAAACUGUGGUGGUCUCGUUACGCCCUCGCGACGAGCACAUAUGACCCGGUUUCAUCAAAGGUACCAUUUUUUAUCGACGAAACCGAAGUAGAGCGCGUGCGCGUAUUAGGAGAUGACGAAUUAAACGCGUCAUGGAAACAAGCAAACUUAAAUCCGCCUAGAUCGCCACAAAAGAAUACCAGCGACGUGGCUUUUGAAAGCAACGGCGUGCUGAACAUUAACGCGCCGUUUUCGUCCAUGCACGGCGUCUUUGUCAUAGGAUUAGUCAAGUAA